GAGAGAGAGAGAGAGAGAGAGAGAGAGAGAGAGAGAGAGAGAGAGAGAGAGAGAGAGAGAGAGAAUGGAGCGCACGGAGUCAGAGCUGAUCCGGCAGAGCUGGAGCGCGGUGAGCCGCAGCCCUCUGGAACAUGGCACUGUCCUGUUCGCCAGGCUCUUCGCCCUGGAACCCAGCCUGCUGCCUCUCUUCCAGUACAACGGCUGCCAGUUCUCCAGCCCCGAGGACUGUCUCUCCUCUCCAGAAUUCCUGGACCACAUUAGGAAGGUGAUGCUAGUGAUUGAUACUGCAGUGACCAACAUGGAGGACCUGUCUUCACUGGAGGAGUACCUGAGCGGCUUGGGCAGGAAGCACCGGGCAGUGGGAGUGAGGCUCAGCUCCUUCUCGACAGUAGGUGAGUCCCUGCUCUACAUGCUGGAGAAGUGCCUGGGUUCCGACUUUACACCAGCUACAAGGACCGCCUGGAGCCAACUCUACGGAGCUGUGGUGCAAGCCAUGAGCCGAGGCUGGGAUGGGGAGUAAGAGACAAGCCAGCGCCCCUAUCUGUGUGUGUGUCUGAUUGUUGUUGAUCUGCCUGUUGUAGUCUUAGCCUCUCCCCAAGGUCUCUCUGCACCUUGGGCCUCAUCCUCUUGGCCAUCCUAGAGAGGUGAUGGGAGAAGGCUCUGUCUCAGCUUCUGGUCAACUGCAGGGAGGUGGAUUUCCUUCCCUCAUCCUCACAGAUGUACUGCUUGCAUGCCUGGUUAGAUCUUCCCAGGAGGCAAAAACAGUUUUGGUAGUGAGAUAGCAUGGGGGUUCUUCUCAGAGGAGCUUUCUGCCAAGGUGAGGGAAAAGUGAUUAGGCUUCUAGAAUUUUCCAUCUUGCCUGCUCAGUCUCUCUGAUACUUCCCUGCCAGGCUGUUUACUGUCCAACGAUGAAGAGGAGAAGCUUUAGUGUUUCUGGGGAUCUCAUGGGAGCAUGGGAGGUGACAUUCUUCAGUGGCAAUGGGCACCUUGGGUCUCAGCUGCUCAGAUGCCCCCCACAAAACCUCUUAUGCUCUUGGUUCAGCAUUUCUGGUGUAAGUACCCCAAUAUUCUUUUGGGAGAAACCUAACUGGCCAGCCAGAAUGAAGAGGCCAGAAGGGCAAGGAGGAGGAGUGACCUCAUCCCACAUGGCCCUGAGUUCUGGGGCUUUUCCUGUCACCUGUUCUAGCAGGGCGGAAUACUGUCGCCUCACCCUCUUCUGCUCACCCAUCAUUCUCCAGCGGGCCCCUAACUCUGUGUUUAAUGUUUGAAGAAGACCUGUACCAGGGCAGAUAAGCAGGAGAGAAUACAGUGGGAAGGGCCCUUGUCCUCACCCAUACUUUCUGCUGUUUUGUGGUUCUAUAAACUCACAAGAAAUAAACAUGUUCUGUGUGCUGA